AUGGAGUACGUGGAGGACAAGGAGAACACCUUGCCUCAGACGUCGAGCGACCCGCUACUGUUCAAGACUGGCACUCCCUCACCCCGGAGAGCGGCGCGGAAAGGUCGCAGCAAGAGCAUUGGCCCAGGAGGAUUCGGCGAAAUCCACGAUACCGCCAAACUAGACGCGAAACAGGUAGCGAAGAAUCGACGCAAGUCGACCUAUGUCCCGGCGACAAAGGCUAUCAUCUCUAGCGAUGUGGAAAAGGCGGAGCGACAAGCGGCGCGCCGCAAAACCCUAGCGAAUCGACGCGUCUCUUUUGCGCCAGAGGCCACUUUGCAUACCUGGGACGUGGUGGAAUUCAUGCGCGAUCAGACCACAUCUACCGACUCCUCCGAUUCGACGCGUAGGACCUCCAAGGGUUCUCCGUUCAAGAGAGCAACCACCCCCGAUUCCGAGAUGGAGGACGAGGACGACGAGGAUUCGGUGCAGGUGUCUAGUUCACCUGCGCAGCCGAAUAGGGCACGGCGAAACUCUGGCUUCCCAGCGCAGCUCAUGAGCGACUCUGAUGAUGGCUCGAGCGAUGCCGAGGAAGGCAGUGAAGGAUCUGAAGACGAUGCGCCUGGAUCGGAUGACGAUACUGGCACGGCCAUGAGUCUCGACCUCGACAAUGUCACCGCACAAUCUGUCGGUGCAAGUGAAGGAAACAGCACAGAUUCGAGCGGUCGUCUGGAAGCUGCAUUGCGGCAGGCCGCGGAGGCGGCGGGUACUCGUGGGAUCGAAUACGAUGAAUACGGCGAUGCUUCUAUGGAACUGGCCGGCGAUGAAGUCACGAAUGCUUUUAAGGCGUGGACAGAAGAUCGUGCGGCGAAUCAACCACCUGGUUCCGCAUCUCUGGAUCAAGAAAACGUCAAUCCGUUCUCGCCAGCGUUCAAAGCACAGCUUAUCUCGGGUGUCGUCAACCGUCCAGCAACUGUCGAGGAGGAGAACACCGGUGACUUGAGCAUGGACAUGACUCGGGCGGUGGGUGGGAUCAUUCGACAACCUCCUGCAAUGGAAGCCGAGACCUCGCUUCUUGGUGAUGGCACAAUGGAUCUGACUCAAGCUGUUGGCAAGAUACAACAGCAGCAACAGCAAGCGCCAUCGCCUCGUGGCCAGAAACGCCGCAGAUCGACGAACGAUGUGGGCUCUCCAGCAGCUGCAGUGUCUUCAAAUCAAUCGAAACGUCGAAGAUCAUCUGUCGCGCGCUCGUCCAUGGGUGGCGACGAUACGAUGGAUCUGACGAUGGCCAUGGGCCAUAUUAAGAGUAACGGCUCACCGACAAAAUCAGAACGUCGCAAGAGCGUUGGUCGGCGACGGUCUUCUGGAGUCACUUCCGAGCCGGAUGAAGCAACCAUGGACUUCACGCAAGCGGUUGGAGGUGUCAAGUCUGUGGCCCGAGCAGAACAUACCGGAUCGAGCUUUGACGAGAAUGAAGAGCUUACCAUGGAGCUGACUACAGUUCUUGGAGGGAUUCAAAGCAUUGGAAGGGUAGCAGCCAGCGCCCAGCCGAUGACACCUCAACAGCAAUCGCCAGUCAACCCAAAGGUCAACACAACUCCCAAGGACCAAGAGCGCUUCAAGGAUGCACCAGAUAGUGGGCCGAAGAAGCUUUUGACCCCAAUCUUCCAGAAGCAGGUGCUGCACUCCGCUGACAAGACUCGAUCAGGCGGCAAGUCUCAACAACUUGCCUCGCCAUCACGCAUCGCGUUUCCUGCUAUAGUUGGUACUCCACGAGCGGCGCCGCAGAGCAACACUGGGACACCGAAGUCCUCUCCAGCAAAGACUCAACUUACCACACCGCAAAAGCCUUCACUUCGCGACCACCAGUCCCCGGUCAAGUCCACGCCUAGAAUUACGCCUGUGCAGAGUCCGGCACGACCGCGCAACAGCGCAACGCCAGAUAGCGUGCAGCGGCAACAGCUUGAUGCACAGCUGCAUGACGUUCAGCAGUCUCCACCAGGCCAAAGGCAGCCGUCUCCUUCCCCAAUGAGGAUUCCCUCGACGCCUCAACAGCCGUCGGAACCAACCCAAGACGGGCGACGCCUGGCUGCCUCUAUCAAGCUGAUGUCUACGCCGAGGAAGGAGACUCUGAAGACCACGGUCACGCCCAAGCCGCAGCCGCAACCGAGUCCUCAAGUGGCGCCAGCAAGUAGGACGCGGCCCACCCCGAGGGCAAAGGCGAACGCGACCACCUCACCAGCCAAGCAACUCGGUGAGGACAUGGCCCGGAUCGCUGCUUCGGAUGGCAAUGCAGCCGAGAGGAUCCAGCUUCAAGAGUUCUUGGACGUCGCAGGCAUUCGCUUCAUGGAUCUGACAACUACCAAACGGCGAAUGACUACCGCAAUCACACCCUCCAAAGCGAAGAGAGCGGGCGAAUUGCAAACCGACGACGAAGAAAGCGAGGCGACUCUCGAGAGCGCGGUCGUAGCGGGCAGCUGCACUCUUCCUGAGCUUGAGAUGUACGAGCACGCAUGCCACGAACUGCGACGAUACAUUUCCGACGGGAAGCGCGUGGUCAAAGAGCUCGAGAGCGCGACGGCAAAGGACACGCCACCCCUGAUCCAAGCUUAUGUCGCCGCCGGGGCGAAGCGCAAGGCGGUAAUGGAUGCGCAGAUGCGCGACAUCAAGACGCAUGCCAGGUAUCGAAGCAAGGAGAUGUGGUAUGCGUGGCGUGCGCAGCUGCUGGAGGAUCUACUGAAGGCGUUGCAAGGCAUUGCGGAGCGGUCCUUCAAAGACGAUGAGACGCUGAAUAGUGCCGAAGCCGUCUUGGACGAAGUCUUGCCGGGCCUUGUUGAACAGCAGGAAGUACUGCAGCGGACGGCGGAGAAGCUUGAGCGAGAAGUCGCGGACACGAACGAAGAAGAUCAAGAGGAGCUGGAGGCGGCGAGAGAACGCUUGCUGGAGGCCGAUCAGCUGGUUCAAGAGAGACAGCGAGUCCUCGAAGAAUUGCAAGCCGAGUUUGACGAGCAGCAAGCAAAGGCGAACGACCUCCAGGAAACGAAGGAGGAAGUGGGCGCCGCUAUUCGCGAAGCGGACCGAGUGCGAGAAGCAUGUCGAGGCGUUUCCACCAACGAGAUCGCCAGUCUUCAGGCAUCCGUCCGGCAACUCGAAGACUCAUUAGGCUGGAGCAUGCGAUCUGCCUCGUCGUCUCCGCCAACAGUCACCAUGACCUACAAAUCGCAACUCCAACUCUACUUCCACCCCACCGCGUUUUCCACUCACCGCGCUGGCCAGCAGAACGCGCCCAUCAGCUUGAUCUACACCUCUUCCGACCAGCCGGGCACGACUCUUCGCUUCUUCCUCCAACUUCUCCGCGCCUCGCUGCAAGCCCUCCCGCAAUCCUCCACCCGCGUACCGAGUCUGUUGACUCUUGUUAGCAACGGCUGGGAAACGGCGUUGGCAGUGGCGGAAGCAGAGCGUCGCUUGAAUUUGGAGUUGCCGACGGAGUCUCGCAUCGUGUCGGAUGAGAAGUUGGCGGUUACGUCGUCGAUUCUCCUCCCGCGCGUCAGGUCGAAGGUGAGGGUCACGUUUGAGGUUGAGGCUUCUGUCGUUGGCGCUGUGGGUGAGGAUGAUGGGGAGAUGGAGGUGCGGACGAGCGUGGUGCCGAGUGUGAAGGUGGUUUAUGGGGAGGGGUAUAAUGAGAAGAAGAUGGGGGAGUUUGUCGCAAAGGGAAUUGCGGAGGGAAUGGAGGGGUGGGAUGCGACUGUGAGAGAGUUGCGGGAGAAGCUUAUCGCGAGAGGACCUAAAGGAGGGAGGCAGUAG